CUCCCGCGCAGGGUCUGGGCGGCCGCGGACACUCGAGGCGCUUGCUGCCGGGCGCGGGGGCGCGGCUGGGCGGAGGGGACUCGCGUGCAGAGACUAGGUGCGCGUCGAGAGGGCGCUAAGCGCUGGCCUUCGCUCGUCGUUCCCGGCCGUUGGCUGAGCGCGGCCUCCAAGCAGGUCGGUGGGCAUUCGGCUCGCUCAAAGGCCAGGCCUGGCCGGGAACAGCAAAAAUUGGGCAGGCCGUGAGAAGCUGAGAACUCCACGGCAAGAUGGCUGACAAAGGCAAAAAGGGCAAACCCGGGGCCACCGCAGCCGCAGCCGCAGCCGCAGCCGCGCCGGGGGCGGCCCCUCCUCCGGGCGAUGAAGUGGGAAGGUGGAAGGGGUGGUGUCGCCGUUACAAGUGGGAAGUCAAGAACAGCAAUAGAGAGUUCUGGCUUAAUGGGUACGCUGAGGUCAAGCUCAUUAUCUUGGGCUGCCUAAUAGGUUCACUGAUGAUGUUCAAGGGGACCACUGUGCACCCCCACGUGACACUCAUCAUCACCAUGGAGUUGUCCAUCUUAAUCUUCUUCAUCAUUAUCUACACCUUCGCCAUCCAGAGAUACGCAUUCUUCAUCCUGUGGCCCAUUUCUGACCUUCUCAACGACCUGUCCUCCAGUGCUUUCCUCGUGGGGGCCGCCCUCUCUGCCGUGAAAACUCGGCAAACCAUGCCAAUGCACUACAUUUAUGGUGUGAUCCUUAUCGGUGUGGCUGCACUUGUUGCUUUAAUAGAUGUUUGUCUUCAAAUGACACACUUCAAAGGCAAGAAGGUCAAAGCGCGUGUGCGGAUUCUUCCACGAAAGGAUAAAAAGGGCAAAAAGCCAAAGGAAGGAGAAAAACCAGAGGAAGCAGGCAAGGGGAGGGCAGCGGUACCGCCACCUGCCAAGGGCGGCAAAGGUGGCGGUAAGAAGUGAGGCCGAGGCGCCUGGGGUCGGAAGUGGCUGUGUAUCUUACUGCAAAACAUGUUUCCACUGUCUAACUUGUCUUUUCUCUAGAAUGGUCUUCUUUUCCAUUUCAACGACUCUACCUUUGCUUGGAAAGGAAGUUUCUCCUUAAAUGAAUUUUAAAAGCUUAAAGUUGACGUAAACGUUAUCUUGUUCAUUCAACAAGAGUAGCCGAAGGUUUUGGCGCAGAGGGCGAGGCUGGAGCGGGGCCUCUGGAGGUGUUCGCAGGGCACGGAGGGUUUGGGGGAACAGAAGCGUGGGUGAUACCAGCUGUCAACACCGACCAGGCAAAGGGGCCAAAGGAAAACGAGAGACUGGAAAAGAAAAGGCUGCAUUUUGUUCACAUUGACAUUUUCAUGUUACAUUUCUAUACAUUUCAAGAACAGGGGAAAACAGACAUAUCACUCUCCAGGGUCUCUGCACAGACAGGAAAUAGAAAGCAAGAGGCAUUGGCACAAAACAGUUAGAAACCUCUGGAGGUCGUCUUGCUCUCCUGGUGUCAAAAUGUCAGGAAAUCCAGACCAAGCAAAAAAUAAGAUUUUCAAGGUCAACAUAAAAAGAACCUGAUUUCUUAGUACUUGAAAACAUAACUAAAGCAUAAGUGCCUGGAAGGAGAUGAAGAUGGCAGAGGAGGAGGACGCUGAGCUCACCUCCCCCUAGGAAUACAUCAAACCUACAUCUACAGGUGGAGCAAUUCUCACUGAAAACAAGUUGGACACUGGCACAAAGACUUACACAACCAAAGCUGUAAAGAUAGAUCCAUACAGAGUUGGGUAGAAGGGAAGAGAAGCGAACAGGUUGGGACCUAUACCCCUGGGAGGGGACACAGAAGAGGAGGGGGAUUACACAGGCUCAGAGAUCCUCCCUGGGGAGUGAGCAGUUCAAACCACAUAUGGGAACACCCCACCCCCGGGCUCUGACACCAGGAGUCUCCUUAGCUGGUUUGAAAACUACUGAGGCUAACAGGAAGGGUGUAAGAAACCUAGACUCGGCUCGUGAAGAGCAUACAUCUGCUUCCUUACUCCCGAGAGCAAGACAGAGGAAGCAGAUUGAAAUUGCCCAGAGCUCUAGCCAGUUUCCCACAACUGCCCCUGCGUGUGCCCCAGUCCACGACGAGCGCCUGCUCCAGCCUCUCUUGCUUCAGCAUUCCUCCCCUCUGGGGUGAAGGUGUCAAUACUGGGAUGGAGGAGAGUGUGCACUUAGAGGGAACCUGAACUUCAGGGCUUCUGCUCUAGUACCUUGGGACCCUCCCCGACCCUGUAUAGGGCAGUGUCAGCCACUGUGCAGAGGAGAAGCAGUCGCUCACACCAGGCUCUGGCUCUAGCUCCUUCAUCUCCAGCCCCACCUCCGACCUCCCAGCCCCAUCUCCAGCUGUGUGUGACAGCUGCCAGCACACCCUGGGGAAAGACGUGACCCAUGCUCAUUUCAAAUCCCGCUUUCCCACCAAAGCCACUGGGCACAUGUAGUCUGCAUAGGGACGCUCCCACACAAGGACACCCCUUCAAGACCAGAAUAGGUAACUGUUUCACCUAAUUUCAUAGAGAGAAAGUUAAGCAAAAUGAGAGACAGAGGAAUUUGUUUCAAAUGAAAGAAUAAGAAAAAAAAAGCCUGCUGUGUAGCACAGGAAACUCUACUCAAUACUCCGUAAUGGCCUAUAUGGGAAAAGAAUCUAAAAAGAAAAAAGUGUAUAUACGUAUAUGUAUAACUGAUUCACUUUGCUGUACACCUGAAACUAACACAACACUGUAAAUCAACUAUACUCCAAAAAAGUUUUUAAACUGAAAAAAACAAUGAAUGAUACAGGGAUAAUUUACCAGUUAAAGAGUUCAAAGCAUUUGUAACAAGAAUGCUAACUGAAUCAGGGAAAAGAACAGAUGAACACAGUGAGAAUUUUAACAAGGAACUAGAAAAUAUAAAAAAGAACCAGUCCCUGGUGGUCCAGUGGGAAAGAAUCCGCCUUCCAAUGCAGGGGACACGGGUUUGAUCCCUGGUUGGGUAACUAAGAUCCCACAUGCCACGGGGCAACUAAGCCCGUGCGCCACAACUACUGAGCUCGCACACCUCAAUGAGAGAGCCAGCGUGCUGCAGACUACAGAGCCCACGUGCCCUAGAGCCCACGCACCACAACUGGAGAGAGAAAACCCGUGCACCACAACUAGAGAGAAGCCUGAGCGCUGCAACAAAGAGACGGCGCACCACAACAAAAGAUCCCUCAUGCCUCAGUGAAGAUCCCUAAUGCCGCAACUAAGACCCAACACAGCCAAAAAAACAAAUAAAUAAAUAAGUAUAUAUAUAAAAAAAAGAACCAGUCAGAGCUGAAGAAUAAAAUAACUGAAAUGGAAAACACACUAGAAAGAAUUAACAGCAGACUAGGUGAUACAGAAGAACACAUAAGUGAUCUGGAAGGUAGAAAAAUGGAAAUCAGAACAGCAAAAAGAAAAUUUUUUAAAGAUGAGAAUAAUUUAAGGGAACUCUGGGACAAGAUCAAGCAUACUAACAUUCACAGGAGGAAAAGAGAGAGGGAAAAGAGUAAAAAAAAAAUUUUGAUGAAACUAUGGCUGAAAACUUCCCAAACCUGAAGAAAAAGAUAUCCAGUACAGGAAUCACAGAGAGUUCCAAACAAGAUGAUCCCAAAGAGACCCACACCAAGAUAUAUCACAAUUAAAAUGUCAAAAGUUAAAGAGAAAAUUCUAAAGGCAGCAAGAGAAAAACAAAGAAUCACACACAAGGGAACCCCCCAUAAGGCUAUCAGCUGAUUUUUCUGUAGAAACUUUGCAGGCCAGAAGGGAAGUGGCAUAAUAUAUUGAAAGAGCUGAAAGGGAAAAACCUACAAUCUAGGAUACUCUAUCCAGCAAGAUUAUCAUUCAGAAUUGAAAUUAGAACAUUUUCUCACACCACAUACAAAAAUAAACUCAAAAUAGAUUAAAGACCUAAAUGUAAGACUGGAAACCAUAAAACUAGAAGAAAACAUAUGCAGAACACUACGACAUAAAUCAUAGCAACAUUUUUUUGGGGGGGAUCUGUCUCCUAAGGCAAA